AAAAGGGCACCCAAGACGGCCAUGAUCUGAGGGCAGGAGCCCAAAGCUCCCCGGACUCCAGGGUGAGAGAUCUCAGAGAUGUACACCUGGAGGGACAGAAAAGGAAGUAGGUGCCAGAUGUAAGAGAGAUGUACCUAUAGAUGAAGAUUUGUGGGAAACGACCCUCUAUCCAGAGAAUGGCUCAAGACAUGUCUGCACUCCAAGCUGAAAAAGACCAAGACAUGCAAGGGAUGUGGAAAGAUGUUGAUGAUGAGGAGACCUAUUUGUUUGACUGUAGAAACUUCCCUGAAGAACCGUGUUGUGAACCCUGGAAGCGUGCAGAGAUGGAGGCCAGAGAAAGAUCAGCUCCUUCUGCCUCUACCGAAACCCCUGCACCAGACCUGCAAGACUCUGAUUUCCUCCCUUCUGUUUCCCUUGCUGCCUUUUUGGCCCUCGUGUUUGUCUUUGUUUCUAUGAUCCUGCUCCAUCAUGGUAACAGCCACUUAUCCUUGGAUGACUACAGGGCUGUGAGCCCCACCAAAAAUCAAUUGCCCAAAAGCCGGCUUGGACUCCUUCGCCUUCUCUUCCCAAACCAGCCAGAAACUACGUGGCAGAUUCUGCAGCAAUACAUAUGUGGCCAGCUGGGAGGGACAAAUCCUGACAAACCUUGGGUCCUGGUCACCGCUGGGCUGGGUGAUGCAAGAAGCACACUUCUGUGCCUCACCAAAGCAACUCUUUCCCUCCUGAUGGAGGAGAGUGCCGUGAAACUUCAAUAUCUCGAGCAAAGUAGUGUCUGGCUUCCCUGGAGGGGCAUCCUGGAAAAUGGGACCUGUGAUAUCUCUGCUGCAGAGAUUUAUGUGGGGCAAAGUCUUGUACCUUACGGCAUAAUGGUGUCCACACGGAGCUCUGUGGAUGGAAAACGGUUGGCCACCAAGAUCAACCUUGCUGUUCUGCUGAAUGGUAUCAAACGAGCACGGGAAGAGUUCCUCCUCCAAGUCUUCACUCCCAGACUGGUGUCUGACAUUUUGAAUACUGUUCUCUUUGCUGAUAGGGCAGUGGAUAAAUUGGUGGCUUCUAAUGGGAGCUUCCUUGUCCUCCUGGUAAGGUCUGAACAGUAUUUGGAAAGUGGUUUUGUUUGCUGAGGAGCAGGUGUCUGGAACGCCAACACUCUCAGAAGAGGACAUCUUCCUGUCAAUGUCUAGUGUGGCUGCAGAGUAACAAGAGAGUCUGGAUAGCAUGCAUUAAAAAACAGAAGCCACUGUUCCUUGGGUUUUGAAGAUUAUAUGGGUUAAGAAACUUUCAACCUGAAUUGUGACAUCAGGAGCACUACCCUCGUUCCAGUCAGCUGUAUUCCUGGAAAUAAACGCACCCAGUAUUGUCUACACUGACUGGCAGCAGUCCAGAUUUUAGGCUGGGUUGUCUCCCAGUUCUAUGUGGAGAUGUUGCAGGAGACGGAUCCUGGCAUCUUCUGCAUACAAAACAGAUCCUCUGCCAUUGAGCUGCAGCCAGCAAGCCUGGAGGAUUAAAUGCAUCCUGUUUCUCCG